AUGACGGGAGCUCCGCCAUAUAAUCCCCAGUCCCCUACCCAGCAGCACCGUUAUCCUGGUUACUCUCCUCCAAAUAAGAGCCGCCCCUUUUAUCCCAACAAUGACCAGUACCAGCAGCAUCCUCCCCAGACGCCUCCUGCGUUCCCUCCACCGACCACCAUGUCACGGAGCCCUCACUAUUCACAUGCGUCUCCGUUGCCGGCGACCCUCCCACCAUUGAACGGGACUGCACCUCCGCCACAUCCUCCGGAUCCUUCAUCGCAGUUCCAGGCCCAUUCGUCAGCUGGAACUCCCCAAUUUCCUCUUCCCCGGCCCUAUUCUGGGUCCGUCUUAUCAAGCAACGGCGCAUCUCCUUACGGUCCCUCCACUCCGUCCCAUGCCCAUCCGACUGGCAGGCCUGAGGGCCCUUUGCAACUCUCCCCAAAGAAAGACACAGAAUCAUCGUAUCUAGGCGGCCCUGGGGUUGCUGGGUAUCCGUCCUCUAUCAUGAGAGAACCAAAGCCGGCCUCCCCUCCAAAGGAAGCAAAGCCUGCCAGGGCUGCAGACCCCAUGUCCUUCGCUAGUAUCCUAUCAGGGCCGGCCGAAGAGCGCUCUCCUCCUAAACGACAAUCCCCCCCACCAGAGACGACACCGGCACCGGUAACGUCAACACCACGAGAAGCAACGCAGCUUAGCCCGCCUCCGCCAGCUCAUGUUCCUCCGUCGCAUCCGAGAGUGAAAGAGCAGGAGCAGGUAUUACCCAGGCUGGAGAAAAAGCCGAGCUCGGAGAAACGCCGUCGCAACGUUGAGCUGGACAACAAAGCGCGUGAACCUUUGAACGGUAUUUCAACAACCAACGGUAGUCUUGAGCCAACCAAGACGUCUGCUCAACCAUGGGCGUUCCUCAACCCCCGUAAGGCUCUGUCCGAACGGGAGACGGAAACCAUCAACAAACUUAUGGUGGAGAUUGACAAUGCGGAGAAAAGUGAUGUGGAAGCUCCUGGGUUCGAAGAAGAGUACGAACAGUACAAAUUGCAAAGUAAGCGACGGGCCUUGCAUGCCUUGAAAGAGGAGGGCAUAAAGCGCAAGCGUCGCCGAAAUGUGUUCUUGGUCAACCUUGGCAAAUCUCUUGAGAAGCAGGCCUCUGCGGGAAUGGACCGGUUUCGGAUUGCCAAUGAGGCCUCCGUCAUCUCAGAAGUCCAAGCUAAAGAAAUUCAGGAUGAGAAAGAACGCAAGAAGGACAUGCAGAGGAAGCGUCGUCGGGAAAACACGGUACGGUUGGAGAUGCAGAAGAAGCUUGAGGCCGAACGCAAAGCAAAUAAGGCUCAAGACUCUGCCGAGAAAGCCAAGUUUUUGCGUGAAGCAGAACGAGCACAAAGGAAAAUUAAGACUACCAAGCGAGCCCUGGAAGGUGUCACAGCGCCUGAAGAGAUCGGUGAAGUCACACCGCUGGCACCAAACCUCGAAGGUGGCACUACCAGCUCUUUCCACAUCGGCCGGAGCUCCCCAUCGAGGCGGAAAUCGGGACGUGGAGGUCCUGUUACACGGCCCAAGAAAUCGAAGGAGCAAAAGCAAGCGGAGAAAGAUGCAGCAGAGGCCGCCUAUGCUGCCAUGGAAAAUGAUGAGCCACUUCCUCUUGCGCCCAAAGAAGAUCCGCGUAAGGAAUCUCUCAAGAAGGAAGCUAAAGGCAGCCGCUCCAAGGAGAGUAGCCCUGCGCCCCUGUCCGCCUUCGAAACAAAAGGCUACAAUCAGAUUUAUGAGCAAAUCUGGCGAGAUAUUGCCCGUAAAGAUAUUCCCAAGGUCUACCGCAUUAAAGCCCUCUCGCUCAGCACCCGCCAGGAGAAUUUGCGCAAGACUGCACAGCUAGCCAGUAAGCAGUCUCGUAAGUGGCAGGAACGUACGAAUAAGAGUAUGAAGGAUACCCAAGCCCGGGCCAAGCGGACUAUGCGUGAGAUGAUGUCAUUCUGGAAGCGCAACGAGCGUGAAGAACGUGAUCUACGCCGCCUUGCUGAAAGGCAGGAAAUCGAGUCGGCCAAGAAAGCAGAAGCAGAGCGCGAAGCCAACCGCCAGAGACGCAAACUCAAUUUCCUUAUAUCCCAAACCGAACUAUACUCUCACUUCAUUGGCCGCAAAAUCAAGGGUGCCGAGGGAGACUCUGGUGAUACUGCCGUUGAGGGAUCGGAUGAAACAAUUCAAUCCGGUAAAGAUCAAGAACAUGAUCUGCCCCCCGGCGUUGCGGAUGCUGGCGCUAAGGUGACCAACUUUGAGGACCUCGAUUUCGACGCAGAAGAUGAAUCAGCUCUACGACAGGCAGCAAUGGCCAACGCGCAGAAUGCCGUUAAAGAAGCUCAAGACCGAGCGCGAGCCUUCAAUGACGGGCAAGAUAAUAUGGCUGCUUUGGACGAGGGUGAAUUGAACUUCCAGAACCCUACGAGUUUGGGCGACAUUGAGAUUUCGCAACCCACCAUGCUCACGGCGAAAUUGAAGGAAUAUCAGCUGAAGGGUCUCAAUUGGCUUGUCAACUUAUACGAGCAAGGUAUCAACGGUAUCUUGGCCGAUGAAAUGGGUCUGGGAAAGACCAUUCAAUCUAUCUCUGUUAUGGCCUACCUCGCCGAAGUUCACAAUAUCUGGGGCCCAUUUUUAGUCAUUGCGCCCGCCUCAACCCUACACAAUUGGCAACAGGAAAUUACUAAAUUUGUUCCUGACAUCAAAGUCCUUCCUUAUUGGGGCUCAGCAAAAGACCGCAAGAUUCUUCGCAAGUUCUGGGACCGCAAGCACAUCACCUAUACUAAGGAGUCCGAAUUCCACGUGCUAGUGACAUCCUACCAGCUCGUGGUCCUCGACGCGCAGUACUUCCAAAAGGAGCUAUGGGCUUUGCUCCACUUUAUCAUGCCCACUUUGUUUGAUUCUCACGACGAGUUCAGCGAGUGGUUCUCCAAGGACAUCGAGUCUCACGCUCAAAGUAACACCAAGUUGAAUGAGGACCAGCUGAAGCGUCUCCACAUGAUCCUGAAACCCUUCAUGCUUCGUCGUGUUAAGAAGCACGUUCAGCAGGAGCUUGGGGACAAGGUUGAGAAAGAUGUCUUCUGCGAUCUGACCUACCGUCAGCGGGCCUACUACACUAAUUUGCGAAACCGCGUUAGCAUCAUGGACCUUAUCGAGAAGGCUGCUAUUGGUGAUGAGGCCGACAGCACGACGUUGAUGAACUUGGUCAUGCAGUUCCGGAAGGUUUGUAAUCAUCCAGACCUGUUUGAACGCGCGGAAACGAAAUCGCCCUUCUCUGCCGCACACUUUGCGGAAACGGCCUCCUUUGUCCGAGAAGGCCAAAACGUUGAUGUCGGUUACUCGACACGUAACCUGAUCGAAUAUCCUUUGCCACGCCUUCUAUGCGGCUCUGACGGCCGUGUUGAUAUAGCAGGGCCCGGUAAUCUACAGGCCGGUUUCCGUGGCAAGUACCUGGCUCACUUGAUGAACAUCUUCGCCCCAGAGAAUAUCAAACAUAGUGUCGCACACGAUGGUGCAUUCUCUUUCCUACGCUUUGUGGACACGUCCAUAAAUGAAGCGUACGAGCAGUCCCGUCAGGGUAUCUUUGAGCGGGCGAUUCGCCGGCGCGGCAAAUCCAACAGAUUGUCUCGGCUCAACGUAGUCUAUGAUGAUGAUGAUGAUGAAACAACGAUGGCAUCCGUCCUUUCCCAUACCAUGUUCAACAUCGUCCAACGUAACGACCAGCAUGCUCUUAAUGAUGUCACGACAGAGGGAUACAUGCGGGAAUUAACGACCGUGGCGCAGUCCGUCUUUGAGCGUGAAGGUCUGGGCAUCAUUGAGCCUUGUGUCAGUCCCGCAGCGUCUGCGCCCCCGAUUACUGUUUCGUCAUCCAGUCGAGCGCCUUUGAAUGAAAUGAAUGACAGCCUAUUCAAUGUUUCAGUUCGGCAUGCCUUGUUCAGCACGCCUUCUAAACAACUUGAGCAACAGAUUCUUGAAAAGAAGCUGGACCCUAUUCCUUACUCGCUUCCGCCGAUGUUGCCGCAGCCAACAUCCAUCAAAGGACGCUACACGCACAUUGAAGUGCCAUCUAUGCGCCGUUUCGUUACAGAUUCGGGUAAACUGGCCAAGCUAGACGAGCUCUUGCGAGAACUCAAGGCAGGCGGUCACCGUGUGCUACUCUACUUCCAGAUGACACGCAUGAUUGAUCUAAUGGAAGAGUACUUGACCUACCGCAAUUAUAAGUAUUGUCGUCUGGACGGAAGUACGAAAUUGGAAGACCGUCGCGACACGGUGGCAGAUUUCCAGCAGCGCCCAGAGAUCUUCGUCUUCCUUUUGUCUACUCGUGCUGGUGGUCUGGGUAUCAACUUGACUGCAGCCGACACGGUUAUCUUUUAUGAUUCGGACUGGAAUCCUACCAUUGACUCUCAAGCUAUGGAUCGUGCUCACCGUCUCGGCCAGACGAGACAGGUCACGGUAUAUCGUUUGAUUACUCGCGGCACCAUUGAGGAGCGUAUUCGCAAGCGAGCUCUGCAGAAGGAGGAAGUGCAGCGUGUCGUCAUCUCAGGCGGCGCAGCUGGUGGGGUUGACUUCAAUACUCGCAACCGCGAGAGCCGAACCAAGGACAUUGCCAUGUGGUUGGCAGAUGAUGAACAGGCGGAGCUUAUUGAGCAGAAGGAGAAGGAAGCGCUGGACCGAGGCGAAGUGUUUGGCGCUAGUAAAGGCGGGAAGAAAGCUGCUCAGAAGAGAAAGAGAGAUAUCACCCUGGAUGAUAUGUAUCAUGAAGGUGAAGGGAACUUUGACGAUGCCAGUGCAAAGCCAUCCGGAGCGGCCACUCCUGUGUCGACUGCAGAGAAUUUAGGCACCCCAUCAUCUACGCCAGUUCCUAAGCGAGGACGUGGAAGGGGGACAGGGAAAGGCACGUCUAAAAGAGCCAAAACCACCAAGGAGCGAUUACGUCUCAUUGAUGGUGACGGAGGCUUAGGGCCUAGCUGAUUCAACCUACAUGGUGCCUCAAUAAUUGACACGGCUGGUUAUGGUCAUGGCGUUUCAGAGAUUGCAUUGCCUUUGCUUCCC